AUAUCCUGUUUCAAACUAACAGGACAGAUAGCUGAAAGACCACGAGGCGGCCCCAACCACAGGAAAGUUGAUGAUGAAAUGAAGCAAUGCAUUGAAGAAAUUUUGAACGAGAACCCUGCUCUCACUCUUGAUGGCAUAAACCGAUUGCUUCAGGAAAGAUUGCCUGAUAAGCCCCGAAUACAUUCACGGACAGUUGGAAAGGUAUUGAAUGGUAUGCUGUAUACACAUUCAAAGUUGUUCGGCGAUGCCAUGCAGAAAGAAACAGACCUGACGUUAUCCAAAGCAGACGCGAUUAUGCAGCGUGGUUUUUGGGAGAAGCGAUCCAGAGGCAAAUCGUGUUUAUUGACGAAUGCGGUUUUAAUGUCUGGACGGCGAGGAGUCAAGGCAGAGCCCUUCGAGGAGAUAGAGCAUAUCGCCAAGUGUCAGGACAAAAAGGACGCAACAUCAGCAUUAUUCUUGCAGUUUCUUCCACAUUUGGCCUUGUACAUCACUCAAUGCACAUAG